AUGAACAUCGACGGCGGUUUUCGUCCAGACUUCGCACCUGCAUGGAUGUGGCUCAUGUGCUUCCUCGUAGGCAGGGCGAUUGACAAGUACUGUCGAUCUGUACUGACUGUAGGCUUUGGUCAUCUUCUGCUCUGCCGCAUUCAUCCCUCUUCCUCCACAACCUUCAGCUACGCAAAGAUGACUUCCACUGCGCAGAGAGCUUUCAAUCAAUUGUCGUUGACCAGACUGCCGUGUUCCUCGCCGUUGCGCUUAGGCAAGAGUGUUGCGCAGACAAGAACCAGGCCAGAUGCUGGUGAACGGCGACAAACAGAGCCGGUGAGAUCCGACGUGGUUGGUGCCAAGAAUGGAGAGAGUCGAGACACCAGUAGGGACGACCACGAUCUCGGCAAACACAAGCAAAGCUCUGAAGAGCUAGUUUGGUGGAAAGCCACGUCGCUCGAGUCUCCGGGGCUUGUUGAAUCGUUUCGGAAAGAGGAUAUACACCAGAAUCGGUCGAUGGAUCGGAGGUGA